AUGGCUCUGUAUCAAGGUGGUAAAGCUAAGGGAGUGACCAUGGAAAACCUCCCCCCUGAUGGCACUAGUAACUCCGGCAAUUCUGGUAACAACUCCAGUAACUCUGGUAAUAAGGCUGGUAACAACGGAAACAAGUCCCCAAAGCCGAACAAAGGUUCUGCAAAAGGCGAUCCUCGGGGGCCAAACUCGACAAAGGAGCAAAAUUCGAAUCCCAAACCUCCGGAGAAAACGCCUCCAGGGGCCAAACCAGUGGUACCAACAGCCGCCACGGUUCCGUCAGCAGCCCCAACGCCUAAACCUCUUCCGAAGUCGACCCCUCAGGGGGCACCAGUUAGCUCAAACACGGUCAGCUCAGAGACUAACUCAUCUGGAGCUGCUGAAUCUCAUAAGCCAAUUGAGACUAUGGAAACAGAGCACAACGUUACUCCCCAACCGUUCUCCUUCUCGGCGCCUUCCCAGGGGACACCCGAGUUCAACUUUCCGACUCCGACCCCCGAAAGCGGCGAAUUUUGA